CUUUUGUCCAGCCUCUGCGCUCGGCUCAAAUAAAUACCGACUUGCUCGAAUCGCUCGGUCCCGAAUCAUUAAAAUCCAUCUGCGUCAGUGAGGAGAGGCCAGAUCACUUCAUCUAUUCUUCAUUCAUAGUGCCACCAACCUACAGAGCAAUCAACAUGACACACCAGUUUCCAGCUCUCUCUACGGAGCAGAAGAAGGAGCUUUCCACAAUUGCCCAGCGUAUUGUGGCAACUGGAAAAGGCAUCUUGGCUGCAGAUGAGUCCACAGGCACCAUGGCAAAUCGCUUUCAGAAGAUAAAUGUGGAGAACACCGAAGAGAACCGUCGUAGCUUUCGUGACCUCCUCUUCUCUGUAGACAAUUCUAUCUCUGAAAGUAUUGGCGGUGUCAUUUUUUUCCACGAAACACUGUACCAGAAAUCAGACAAAGGAGUUCUGUUUCCAAAAGUCGUCAAGGACAAGGGCAUCGUAGUUGGUAUCAAGGUGGACAAAGGCACAGCGGGCCUGGGCGGUACAAAUGGAGAGACAACCACACAAGGAUUGGAUGGUCUUUCUGAACGCUGUGCCCAGUACAAAAAGGACGGUUGUGACUUUGCCAAGUGGCGUUGUGUACUUAAGAUCUCUGACGGCUGCCCCUCUGCUCUUGCAAUUGCUGAAAACGCUAACGUUCUUGCCAGAUAUGCCAGCAUUUGCCAACAGAAUGGCUUGGUUCCCAUUGUAGAGCCUGAGAUCCUCCCAGACGGAGAUCAUGAUCUGCAACGGUGCCAGUAUGCCACUGAGAAGGUCCUGGCGGCUGUGUACAAAGCUCUCUCUGACCACCAUGUGUAUCUGGAGGGAACUCUGCUCAAACCAAACAUGGUCACUGCUGGACACUCCUGCACCAAGAAGUACACCCCCCAGGAGGUCGCCAUGGCAACAGUUACUGCUCUCAGACGCACUGUGCCAGCUGCUGUACCUGGCAUCUGCUUCCUCUCUGGUGGUCAAAGUGAGGAGGAGGCCUCUCUGAAUCUGAAUGCCAUGAACCAGCUUCCCCUGCACAGACCCUGGAAGCUGAGCUUCUCUUAUGGCCGUGCUCUCCAGGCCUCGGCUCUUGCUGCAUGGAAGGGACAAGCAGCGAACAAGAAGGCUGCACAGGAUGCCUUUGUCACACGUGCCAAGAUCAAUAGUCUUGCAUCACAAGGCGAAUACAAACCCUCAGGCCAGGCUGACCAAGCAUCUAAACAGUCCCUCUUUACUGCCAGCUAUGUCUACUAAAUCCAACAACAAACAACAGCAACUUGUUCUGGACAAUACAAAAUUUACAUGCAAACAUACCAAAAGAUAUUGAAGAAGAUCUGACAAAUAGGGGUUGCACAGACUAGUCGACUUUAAUGCUCUCCCAUGACGCUUUAAGCUUGACGUCGACUUGUCGCUGAUCAUGGGGCGCAACAGGAACAGGAUCUUUGAAGUCCGCUUUUACACUCUGUUUCAAACAGUUAAAAUGACGAAUAAAUGCAUACAACAUGUUUGAUUAUACCAUCUGGAGCUUAUUGUACAUCUAAGUUAAUCACCGUUCUAAAUGCACUGCUGCACUGUAAUGCACACAGACAGACAGCUCGCACAUCACGCGCAGAUCGUACACACAGAAAGUAGCGCAGAUAUGUAUUGUCAACACUGUUCUGUGAUUUAGCAAUAAAAUAGCUUAGAAACUGAAAUGUUCUAGCAUAUAUUUCUUAGUAACUAAAACAUACAUUCAUAUAAAUGUCAUUUUUAAUGCGCUACUUUAUCUGUAUAUGAUUUAGAAGGAGCAGAAACCUGUGAGAAAUAUAACAACCCAAAGACAAAAGAACGGAUAAAAAUGAUUAUGUAGGUGCAAUAGCCUUGUAGGCAGCGUUGUGUCAUAUGCCAUAACUGUACACAAGGCAACCCACGUUCGAGUCAGAUCCAUCCAUCUACUCGAGGUUCAGGCUUAUUUGUUAAUUAAUGACAUCAUCAGCGACUAGUUGACGUCGACUUAAAAACAUCUGAAGUUGUUUAACCCCUACUGACAACACAUUAAUGUGUACACUUGUUAAUUGUACUAAAAGGAAUGUUCUACCAAGAUGACUCAAACAGACCCUGGAUUAGUUUCAUUUUUAAUUCAUGGCACUAACUAAUGCUUUUCAUUUUGAAUAAAUCAUACAUUUUA